UAUAACAGACCAAAAAGACAAAAAGAAGUCUACAUAGACCAAUUGUGAUCUAUCAUGGACCAAGGGCUGGUAAAUUACCAAUUUGCCAUUAAUGAAAGUGGCAUGUGAACCAUUGGAUCAAAUAAUGGAAACUCUAAUCUCGGUCGUCCAAUUUUCUUCUUCCUUUCUCUUUCUCUCGCCUGGGUCCCACCCAAAAUCCAUAUUAACUCCCUCACAUCUUCAUCUUCUUCAUUACUCAACCACCCACGAAAAUUCAUUUCAAUCACCAACCAAAGUUCUCUUCUUCAAGUUUUUAUCCACAAACCUUUAAUUCUGUUUCUUAGGGUUCUUCUACAGCUUUUCUCGUCCUUGAAACAGCAAAUGUGCCUCGUCCUUGGUCUUGAAAUCGCUUGGAACUAUGGAUGGUACUGGAGCUGUGGUGAUACAUUUUGAUCAUGGUGGAGACAAAAAUAUUUAUACAUUAGUAAUGAGAGGAAAAUAUGAGGAGAUAACCUAUUCUCGCUUGGUUGAUAGAAUAGGCAAGAAAAUGAAUAUCGAUGUAGCUGCGACGAAGCUUCAACUGAGCUACUAUCCCCUGGUCGUGGAUAAUAAGAGGCCUUGUUAUAUUUUGGAUGAUGAAGAUGUUUUAGGAUAUUUAAUGGAGGUGGAUAGGAAAAACCGGCGUAGUGUUUUGCAUGUGGAGUUUUCCGAAAAUAUCUCAGAAAAUCAGAGUAACGAGCAGUUUUCUAUGAACGAGGAAAUUCAGAUUGAUGCCAGAGCUAAUGAUGGUAUGGCUGGAGUUGAGGAGUUGGCAAUUGUUCCUCAAAACCAAUCAGAUGGGUAUAAUCAUGAGGAGUUAGCAAUUGUUCCUCCAAGACAAUCAGAUAGGUAUGAGCAUGAGGAUUGCAAUGAAGAGGGUGAUGAAAUGAAUGAUAGGGAGGAGUUGCCGGCUGUUACACCAUCUGUAGACACAAUUGUCAAUGCUGAGUGGGAUGAUGGUAUUGAUAUGAGUUUGUAUCAAGAAUUUGCGACUAAGGAAGAGCUGAGGAAUUUAGUGGACGCAGGAGUGCAUUCGAAUUGUUUUGAGGUUGAUAUAAUCAAGACGAAUCGUACUGUUUAUGUAUUGAAAUGUCGUGGGGUUGGAUGCAGAUGGUAUUUACGAGCUGCAAGGCUGAAAAACUCAGCCUUUUUCAGUGUCAGAACGUAUAGAAAGAUGCAUACGUGUACUCGGGGAGAGGGAAGUGUAACCAAGAGGGGGAAAAGAGGAACACCAAGCUUGGUCGCAGGAGUGGUGCAUGAAGAUUAUCCAGGCCAAUACAAGACUCCAGAUCCAAAGUCUCUCAUAAAGUUGGUGAAGAACAAACUAGGUGUCACGGUUUCAUAUUCUACAGCUUUGAGAGGGAAACACAAAGCUGUCAGUGAUUUGCGUGGUAACCCUCAGGAGAGUUUUGCUAGACUUCCAUCUUACUUGUACAUGUUAGAAAGAAUGAAUCCUGGUACCAUCACAAGAUUAGUAGUGGAUGAGAAGAAGCAGUUUAAGUAUAUGUUCUUUGCGCUUAAAGCUUGCAUCGAAGGGUUUCAAGCAAUGAGGAAAGUGAUAAUAAUGGAUGGAACUCACCUGAAGGGUGUGUAUGGAGGAGUGCUUCUCAUUGCCACUGCUCAGGAUCCAGAUCAUCAUCAUUAUCCCCUCGCUUUUGCGGUAGUAGAUGGUGAGAAAAAUGCGAGCUGGGAGUGGUUUUUGACUAUACUGAAAACUUUGAUACCAGAUGAUCCUCAGCUUGUUUUUUGUACUGAUAGAAACCAAUGCAUCAUCAAGAAGGUGCACGAGGUGUACCCAAUGGCGAUCCAUGGAUAUUGCAUUUUUCACUUGUCUAAUAAUGUUGCCGGAGCAUGCAGCAAAGUUAACAAGAAAGGGGUUGCCAGAAAGCCUAGUUAUACAACAACAACACCAUCUCAUUAAACAGUUAUACAAAAUACUUCUCUAGUUAUACUAGUCAGACUACGUAUAAGAAGCGUAGUUGUACCAGUUAUAUUACUUAUAAAAAAAAAUUUACUAGUUAUCCUGAAUUUGUUUACAACAUAUUAUUACCAGUUGCACCAUUUUCACUCUUUUAGUUGUACUAGUAA